AUGCUGCUUAAUGGGCAGGUGAUCACCCACAUCAAUGUCAUGGGCGAGGACAGUGGUACGGGAUGGGGUGUCAUUAAACAGAGUGAGAUGGGUAUUAAUCAGCUGAGUGAUAUCAUUUUUCUCUGCAACAUUCAGAUGCUGCAGAUGGCCUGGCAGAUCUGCAAGAAUUUGCGAGUUUUUCGAGGUUAUGAGGAUGUUGGAUCGUUGAAAUAUUUUUAUUUUAUGUUAACUGCAAUGGUGUACAUUGUUAUUGUGAUUGUCAACACUUCUCUGAUUGUGGUUAUCUGUGUGAACAGAAGCUUACAUGAACCUAUGUACAUUUUUCUGUGCAGCCUGUUUGUAAAUGAACUGUAUGGUACUGCAGGGAUGUUGCCAUUCAUUCUGGUUCAGAUCCUCUCUGACAUUCACACUAUUUCUGUUUCUUUGUGUUUCCUGCAGAUGUUCUGUUUGCAUACAUAUAUAAAAAUAGAAAUAUUUAAUUUAGCCAUCAUGUCUUAUGACAGAUAUCUUGCUAUCUGUUGUCCUCUACAAUAUAACACACGUAUGACAUGUAAGAAAGCAGUUAUCUUUAUUCUUGCUGUAUGGUUGUACUCUUUUGUCAGUUUCCUGAUUACUCUAUCCUUAAACAUACGUUUGACACGUUGUGGAAACACCAUAAACAGUUUGGGUUGUACAAACUACCAAGUCGCAGAGUUGGCCUGUUCUGACCCCAAAGUGAAUAAUAUUUAUGGACUGUUUGCUAAUGUUCUCCUAUUAGUCCCCCUGUUUCCAAUCCUUUUCUCCUACAUGAAGAUUCUUAUUGUGUGUUUUUCUGGCUCCAAACAGACGAGACAGAAAGCUGUCAGUACCUGCACACCUCACCUCACUUCUCUGAUUUACUUUUCUUUAGGCUACAUUUUUGUAGUCAUUCAGAGUAGAAUUGAUAUGAGCAGUGUACCCAGAGAACUGCGUAUUAUUCUGUCUCUGUAUCUUCUCAUCGUGCCGCCAUUUUUGAAUCCUAUCAUGUUUGGAUUGCAACUAUCAAAAUUACGACCGGCUCAUUGA